GAGAUGCGAGCGAGUGUGCGAUGGGUGUGGACGCGCGGCCAUGACUUCCCCGCCGGCGGCCGCCCCACAGGGGGGACGCUUCGACUUCGAUGACGGGGGCACCUACUGCGGGGGAUGGCUCGAAGGCAAGGCCCACGGGCACGGAGUGUGCACUGGUCCCAAAGGCCAAGGAGAGUACAGUGGCCAAUGGGCCCAUGGAUUUGAGGUGUGUGGUGUGUACACGUGGCCCACGGGAAGCGCCUAUGAGGGGGAGUGGUCGGCUGGUAAGAGGCAGGGGCUGGGCGUGGAGACGCGCGGCCGCUGGAUCUACCGGGGCGAGUGGACAGACGGUUUCAAAGGGAGGUACGGGGUGAGGCAGAGUGUUGCAUCGGCGGCCAAGUACAACGGAACGUGGGCCGGAGGACUCCAAGACGGUUACGGAUCUGAAACCUAUGCCGAUGGGGGCACUUUCCAAGGUCAGUGGGCCAAGGGCAUGCGCCAUGGCUACGGAGUCCGCAGCAGCGCCCCUUUCGGUCUCGCUGCCCACAACAGAAGGCGCUCUCUACGAGGAAGUCCAGUACCGGGCGAGACCCUUGAAUCGGAAGACAGACCCGAGGAGGGGCGAGGCGGUUUUGUCCUGAGAGACAAGACCAGCACUGGGAGCAGGUCACUUCCAGAUCAUGGAAAAGGGCACUCGCUGAAGGCUCUGUUGUCGAAGACGAAACGGACGAGUUACGAGGAGGAACUGAGCGACCGGGGCUCGGACUCGGACGCGACGGACAGCAGCUUCAUGGUGCAGGACGAGGUCAUCGACGGGAAUGUCAUCGAGACCUACAUGGGGGAGUGGAAGAACGACAAGAGGAGCGGGUUCGGCAUCGCUGAACGGUCUGACGGGAUCAAGUACGAGGGAGAGUGGUACAACAACAAGAAAUUCGGAUACGGCAGGACCACUUUCAAGGAUGGAACAGAGGAGAAAGGUAAAUACAAAAACAAUGUCCUUCUCACUUCGGGACGUCAAAAACAUCUGUUUCUUCUGAGGUCACCCAAGUUCCGGGAACGCAUCGAGGCAGCCAUCAACGGGGCCCAUAGAGCUUCUCAAAUCGCUCUGCAGAAAGCAGACAUCGCCAUUUCCAGGACGGCGACUGCUCGAGGCAAAGCAGAGCAAGCAGAUGAGAUUGCCAAGCAAGCCAGGGCAGAAUCGGAUCUCGCCAGGCUGGUCGCCAAGAACUAUGCGCCAGAAUUCGCACAGCCAGGUACAGGAUUCUUGAAAAGAAAAUUUCCCUCUUCUCAAGGCUCUGAUUUUGGACAGUUCCACACCGGAGAGGAUCCCUCUCGCCGAUCUUUCCUGCCUUCCAAUCCGGGAGAUCCGUACACACAGAAAGACUCUUUCAGACAGAGUCCAGAAUUCGAAGAUUUCCACUUAAAACCGGAACCACCUACCCAGUCGGCAUUCCUCGACGUUUUCCGGAACACUUCGGACCGUCGUCCUUCGACAGCAGGAUUCCUCCGACGGCCAUCGGCUGUCAAUCUCAAUCGGCGACCUUCGACUGUCGUAGAGCUUAACCUCCGCCCAUCCCAGAUCAACGUCGAUCAGCGACAAGAACCAUUCCCGAAUCGCCUUGCUGUAGAUCAGUACCGUCCAUCUGAAAAUCAGUACCGUCCUUCUGAAAAUCAGUACCGUCCUUCUGAAAAUCAGUACCGUCCCUCUGAAGACCAGUAUCGUCCAACAGGUGACCAAUACCGUUCUCCUCCAGAAAACAGGUAUUAUCCGCCGUACAACCAAUCUAGGGAACAGUAUAACCGCCCAACCGAAAAUCACUAUUAUCCACCUGAAAAUAGGUACCGCUCACAACCGCCUCCAGUGACCAUCCAACAAGUAAUCACUGACCAUCUCAGUCACUACUACGAAGACAAACCUCAACAGAAAGAAGAGCAUCGCAACCACAUCAAGAAACCUGCCAUCGACUUAACAGAACUUUCCAAGCUCUACGGUAUUCCCCUGUCAGGCCCUACGAUGGAUGACGAAGAAGGUGUCCCUUUCAUACCGCAGAGGCGUUCCACCUUGCCCACCGUCAUGGACCAGAACUGUCUCCCAGUGGACAGCGGCGAAGGUAUGGUCAGGACUGGUUCCUUGUACAGUGCAACGCGUAAAAUAGAAGCCGCGGCGAAAACCGGAUCUCUCGUGAAUGCCAGAAAAAACAGCCUACCGGACAUUAGUAACGCAGCGGCCAUGGAAUCGAGGGUCCUUAGUAGAGAAACCAUCGCCAUUUUGAGUUCCCAAAGAAGAGAAGCGAUCAGAAGGCAAGAGGAACAGGCGGAGAGGCUCAGAGCAAAUCCUUUCCUUUAUCUAGUCAGUCCAGAAGUCUGGGAUUGGCUGUCAAGUCAACAGCUGACCAUCCUCGUUUUGGUAGUAAAUGUGGCCUUGGGUUUCCUGUUCUUCAAAGUCAUUCUAUAGGGGUCGUUGAUGUUCUCACAACGUGGCGUUCAAGAGAUUUGUAACGAUAAAAGCGCAACGUUUGUAUAAACGUUAUUCGAAUACCUUUUUACCGGGAUGAUCUUCCCUGGUGUCCUGUACGUUGCCAUUUUGGAACCUUGGGUCCUCAAGGAAACUGUUCUUGAACCAUAUCUUCGUCCUGAGUUUCCUACAAACAUAAGUGCCUUUGUAAAAAUUAACAGGAGUCAAAAUGUUAUGCGGUUAAUUUGUUUUCUUCGUGCGCGUUAUUAUCUCCAGGUAUGGAUACAAUAGAAGACUGUAUUGCCACGUUGACUGCCAAGUGAUUCACACUGCUAUCUAAUUGUAUCGAACCAUCUAUCUAAUUAGAUAGACGUUUCGAAUAUCAGGUGUGAAUUGUGGGAGUGAACAUGUUAAUUUAUAUUUAUGUAAAGAUAAUUCCAAUGUAAAAACAUUUUUAAAAAAUCAAAAAUUUAUGACCUCCUCGAAAUUUUAUACGAAGUAUCUUUUGAUUGUUCAAAUAUUUUUCAUUGCCAAAUCCAUUUCAUUAAAAAUUCAUUACAAUCAUACUGCCACCGAAUAAAUAUUUUGGAGUAACAUUUUUAUGAUUUAAUAAUAUUCAGAAUGCGAUUUCGUUUGCAUACAAUCAACUUCACAAAAUUAUCAAAACAAUAAAUACUUUGAAAUGAUUUUUAUAAAAAUGAAGCUCAAUAAGAUCAUGCUUGAUUUUACAUAUCUAGUUUGGUACCUAGUAUGCUUUGGAAUUGUUAGAAUGUUAAAAGUUCAAAAUAAGUUUGUUGAUACAUUUCAUUUUGAAUAACGUAGUGAUAAUUUUUAAAAUGGAAUAAAAAGUUGUUGACACAUAAUGACAAAUCAAACUAGAAUAUGCAAUAUAUUUUGUUUUGGAGCAUUUUAGGUUCGGUCAAAUAUUGAAAAUACUUCUGAAUAUUUGCAUCACAUAAAAGUAUAAUAGGUUGUUUCGAGUCAAACACACUCUUAAUAAAUUAUUUUAUUUCAGAUAUUGACAUUAGAGGAGGUAUGUUUAUUUUCUGUUAAAUAAUGUAUAUGUCACAGGUUUUAUCCAGUUUUCGAAAUUCUAAUGAUUAUCAACAUUAGAUCUCAUUUGAAAAUAAUGUAUUGAUAUUAUGAAGGAUAUAAAUCAAUGUGGAUGUAAUUUUAUGAUGAAAAAAAUUAAAAAUAAAUAUCAUUAUCAUGAUUA